AUGGCAUCAUCCGGAAGUGGUUCUCCGUGCGGUGCAUGCAAAUUCUUGAGAAGAAAAUGUGCGUCUGAUUGCAUAUUUGCUCCAUACUUCAGCUCAGAGCAAGGAGCUGCAAGAUUUGCAGCCAUACAUAAAGUUUUUGGAGCUAGCAAUGUCUCAAAAUUGCUGCUUCAUGUCCCUGUUCAUGACCGCUGUGAGGCUGUUGUUACUAUUGCUUAUGAAGCUCAAGCUAGGAUUAGAGACCCUGUUUAUGGCUGUGUUUCCCACAUUUUUGCCUUGCAGCAACAGGUGGCUUGUCUUCAAGCACAACUGAUGCAAGUAAAGGCUCAACUGGCACAAAACAUGGAUCAUCAUCAUCAUCAUAAUCAGUGGAGUAGUAACAAUAUAUGUGGAUUGAGUUCAUCAUCAGUUAAUCAAACUUACCCAACAGCUAAUAAUGAUUAUGAUCCAAUUAGCUCCCCUCAGAGCUCACUGGAAUAUGUUAAUCAUAGCAGUGAUUCCCCCUUGAACAUGAUGUCUCAGACCAGAGAGGAGUUUUGUUUUCAAGGUUUGUCUAAGAAGACGAUGACUACUCCAUGUAAUACUGACUUGGGUGAGCUUCAAGCAUUGGCACUUAGAAUGAUGAGAAACUAA